GACAUGUUCGACUUAGUUUAAAGUUCAAACGUGAUGUUCAUACAACAGUUACAAUAGAUUGAUAAAUAUGCGCCGACGAGAGGUUAUCUUAGUUUCAGGAUUAACAAUUAUCAUUGUCUUUUUGUAUAGAAUAUUAACGCAAAAAUGUGAACAUGCCCACUCGGAUCAAAUGUUCUUAGCAAGAUCGGAUGAUCGAAUUUUCACAUCAAAUGACUCGAAUUACAUGGAGCCUCGUAUGACUUUGAACGAAGAUGAUGUCAAAAACGCUGGCCUUGGUCGGAUAGAUAACCAUGUUUAUGCUCUUGAACGUAUCAAAGAAAUCGUCUCUAGUAACUCUAGAAACCUUACUAAAGAGGAACUCAAAACUUUAGAAAGAAGUAACAACUAUAGACAUUUUGGCGAAGAAGGAUAUUUAUUUAUGGAUGACGGGACCGGUAAAAAAAUUAGGUCCAAAAGCAAUGAAACACAGAUUGACGUUUCUGAUUAUUUCUCAAAAGUUGAAAUUCGAUCUACACGGAUUGCACUUAUUGCUGGUAUAAUGAAAUGUGGUACGGGACCGAUGAGUUCAUUUCUCAAGAGACACCCUUCUGUAAUAGACACAGUCGGUCUCCAAGUGUACUUCACUUAUAACUUUGGUGUCCAGUGGUAUUUAAAACGGCUCGCAAAGAGCAAUGAAAGUCAAGUGCUUCUAUCAAGAUGUACCAACUGUUUUGCGACAAAAAGAGCACCGGCAUUAAUAAAUAUGAUCCGUGAGGUCACAGUUAGGCAUUUAAAGCUAAUUUUCCUGGUAAGAAACCCAAUUGACAGGCUAAUUUCACACUAUACCCAACUAGUGAGUGGCAACGCUAGUGUUCCGGAAUUUGGCCAAUGGGUACGUGAACUUCUUGCUGAUCCCGAUAACAGUCCUCCUUUGAGGAAAAGUAGAUACGUGGAGCAUUUUGAGACUUGGUACCAUUUCUUCGAAGAAAACGAUAUACUCAUUAUAGACCAUAGUGAAUUUGUAAGGACGCCAUGGCUGGCUAUGCAAAAGAUAGAAAAGUAUUUGUCUCUGCAAUCAUUCUUUACAGAAGAUUCUUUCUUACUCAGACAAACAGGCCCAUAUUAUUGUUUUAAAACCAGAGGUCCAGAUAUGAGUGAAUGCACUCAGAAUCCAGAGAAUAAAGGAAGGACACAUGUCAGUGUGAGUGAACAAGAUAAAGCAUUGCUUCGAGACUAUUUCCGUCCGUACAAUGAACGAUUGUUUAAAUUACUCAACAAACGAUUCGACUGGGUGUGAAUGUAACGUUUUCUUUAGUUGCAACAUAAAUUAAUUGAAUCUGUAGGGGUUCUGAACUGAAUUAUAGUACAUAUGUAUAGUCACCCCCGAGAUACCAUUCACAAAACCAUGUAAAUACUGCGCAUUUACUCUUGUGUUUGACAAAACAACCAAUUAAUAUUGAGAUACACUAGCUUGCAACAUCUAGAUUCACUAGCUUGAACGAUUACAGGGCAUCACCGACGGAUACCGAGUCAGAUCCAGUCCCCAUUGGCGGUAGGCUCAAUAAAAUAAUGAGUAAAUUCAUUGAGCCUUGAGACCAAUGGCAGGAGUCUGGCUGAGAUCCGUGGUCUCACCUGUGAAAUAUAACAGAGAGGUGUGACAGUAGCCAUUGUUACAUGAGACAGUAGUAAAAUGAAUUGGGAUAUAAACCUGGCUAAAUCGAAAGAGAAAGGGUAAUCUCAGAGGAUGUAAUCACGUGACAUUAACGCGCUUCUAUGAAUGAAGUCCGAUAACAAAAAUCUCUGAUUUCCAGAAAAUACUGGAGACAUUCUAAAAUUCCAUGUUACAGUACGUUUCAAUAUGUAACAUAUUAAACCUAUCAAAUUAUGAUAUGUAUGUUUUUCUUUAUAUCGGGUGUCCAACAAAAGUGAGAUACAUUUUGUCAAGUAUUUUUUCGGCAAUAAAUAAGCGAAAUUCACUUAAAAUUUAGUACAAAGUAGUCCAGGAAUAUCGUUAGCAAGUUACAAAAAUAUAAGAAAGAUCGAGUUCAUAGCAUGUGAGUAAUAAGAAAUUCAAGAUAGCAUAUCAAAAGAUCCCAUACCGGAGCAACAAAAUAAGAACUUCAUAGCGUUUGUACCACAAAAGGGGAACCAAUUUGAGAAGUAAUUUCUCAGCAAUAUAUGAGCUAAAGGUCUUGAAAACUUUACUUGAAACACUUUCGGUUUUUUUAACUAGUGCUACGAAUAUGUAAAAAAUUGGUUCCAUAUUAUAUGAGUAUUAAUGAAUAUAAGACAGUAUAUAAAAAUAACCAAUUACAAUGUAAAAGUCACAUGUAUUAAUCCAUUCCAUGCAAAAAUACUUCUCUCUUCUCCUCCAAUAAAGUUUGAGAAUGAAUGGAUUUUGAAUAUUUUCGAACAAUGAAACAAAUUAAUUGGCUAUAACAAACAGACAAGCUAUUUUGACUGAUUGACAGAUCCUAUCACCUGAUAGUUGGCACAAACACUAUGAAGGUUUCAUCGCAGAGCUCUGGUAUGGGAUUUUUUGACAUGUUAUUUUGAAUUUCUUAGUACUCAAUGUAUUUGAUCUUUCUUAUAUUUUUACAACUUGCUAAUGAUACUCUCAGGCUUCUUUGUUCACAUUUUCUGUGAAUUUUUUUUAUCAAUUUCUGAGAAAAUACUUGUCAAACAGUGUCUCACUUUUUGGGACACCCGAUAUAUUCAAAUAAUCAAAAAAGUGCAAUCCAAGAUUGACAGUUCAAAGGAAACGUGACCUAACAGAAGCGAUUCACUUCGACUCUGUGAAGUUAACGAUAUUUUGCGAAAAUAUAUUUCCCUUAUUAGAGUUUCCCUUAUCAACCAUGCUUCUUUGUCUUAUAUAUCAAGGCUUUACAUUGUUCUUGUUGGCCAAAAAAUGAUAAUGCAUGCCGACCUACAUGUAGUAUAUAUUUGUGAUUGUUGAUUUAUACAUAAGAAUUGUAACACAGAUUAAAGAGUAUAGGGAUUAUACCGUUAAUAAAGAGGGC